UCCACCACGGACCGUGUUGGUUGGUUCCGGAAAUGCACCUCAACCACCGUGAUCGUCACAACCCAUCACAGACUGUCCCCCAGGAUGGGAGCCGUUCCUCUCAAACCUUGGUGAAUGGAUAUGCACCCCGUGUUUAUCUGGAACAUACAAUCUCAACUACAACUCGUCCUGCCUUCCGUGUCCAACUGGAGCAACAUGUUCUGGAAGCACCCUCAUGGUCACGGAAAACUACUGGUACAACCCACGUGCGCAGGAUAUUACCAGUGCAUUCCUCUACUGUGGAUCCGACAAUCGCUGCUGCUCCGGUACAUGUCCAAUAUCAGAGAACAACACUUGCUCAAACAAUCACUUUGGAGUCCUUUGCGGAAGCUGUCCGAAUGGAAUGUACGAAUGGAGCGGCCGAUGCGUCUACUGCAACAAUACGGUUCAAAAUACUCUGAUGUACACCUUCACGUUCCUUCUGACCUUUAUUGGUGUUGGGAUCAUCUACAUCAUUCCACCGUCCAAGGACAACUUUUUCGUGGAUCUGCUCUUCAUCUACCAGAUAUCGUUCAUGUUCAAUUUCAGCGAUAACAACUUGAUCCAAAGUAGCCUGUCGAUCUUGAGCUUCAACACAAAUAUCAGUAUCAGCAGCGGAUGCAUUUUCCCGUUCACCUCGCUUCUCAAGAUGAUCUCGAGUUUCUUCAUUCCGGUUGCGAUGUUUGUGUGCCAAAUCCUCUGGUACAUCAUCGCGAGAAUAAUUCUGUCAUUGGAGCCUCGUUCGCAUCUGGCCAAAAAGACUAUCAGGACGUGGCUGCACUACUUUCCUCAUCUCAAGGGCGGCCUCGGCAACUCCAACAUCGGAGUGAUGUUGACGAUAUUGCUGUUCUGCUACACGCCAGUAUACAACGCAGCCGUCAACAUCCUCUCGUGCCGACAAGUCGAGGGAUACCCACCGGUAGUGUGGAGCUAUCCAUCAAUCCAGUGCUGGGUCGGAUAUCACCUGGUCUUCAGCAUUAUCGCCGGCGUGUUGUUGGUCGCCCUCGGCCUUGUUCUUCCAAUCUCAAUCUACAAACAUGUGACUCGCCACUACAAGGGCGAGGCCACAGAGAAAGCCGUCCCGAAGCCAGCUCAGAUCGACCCAUACCAAAUCCUGUACUGCUGCUACACACCAGGGUGGUACUGGUGGAUGCCUAUUGAUCUGGUCGAGCGCUCGGUCGUCAGCGGUGUUCCGGUUCUUAUUCAGUCUCGAGGAGAGUAUGUGACCACGUAUUGCGUGGUCAUACUGCUGUGGAUGUUUCUCUUGAUCCGGGUCUUUACGAUGCCGUAUCGGUCUCCCGUCGACAACUCGGUCAAGAUCGUUGGAUACACCGCCCUGAUCCUUCUUGGAUCCUUUCGAUUGCAAGAAACCUUCUUGCUGCAACAGUACGGCCUUAUGACUUCCACGUCGAACGCAAUUGUACUGACUAUCCUCCUGAUUCCUGCAAUUGCUCUCAUGCCCCUGAAAAUCUUUACCAAGCUUCCUUCUCGCGUGCAACACAACUUCACUGGAUUUAUCGAUUCGAAGCUUUAG